AUGCUGUCGAACCGUUUCUCGAUCUUUUUAAGCCGCGUCGUUCGUCAGAACGUGCGCUCUGUCGGUCGUUGCAAGUUUCGUUCACAGCCACCGACGCUAUUAACAUCAUCUGUCAAUGCCCUUAGCUUGCAAAGUAUUGCAUCUCCAUUGCUGCACUUCAGUGCUGCGGCUGCCUAUAGUACAACAACCGGUGGUCGCGUCGUAGCUAUUGGUGACCGUGUGUCGCUGCACAUGGACGGCAAAUUGUCAGGUGGUGACUCGCUGCCUAAGACACAGGAAAAUGCUCCUUUGGUGUUCACUGUAGGCAGCGGCCAGAUCCUUCCUGGUGUCGAGAAAGCUGUGCAAGGUAUGGCAAAGGGCGAGUCCAAGACACUGACCAUUGAACCGGCGCAAGCUUUUGGUGCAGACAAUUACAUUCUCUCGGUGCCACUCAAGGAGAUGAAGUUACCGGAGAAAGAGAGGAAGAUGCUUGCUGUGGGUCAGAUACUCGAGCUUGCGGGUGGUGAACGCGCUCGCAUUGUAAAGUUCACGGAUGAUAUAGUGGACAUUGAUCUGGCUCAUCCCUAUGCUGGUCAGUCACUGACGGUGACGUUGAAAUUGGUGGAUCAUGAACUGCACGAGGAGCUGCACGAAGGUAAACGUCUUGUGCUGCCUGAGGUGAUCGAAGAUGGUGACAAGAAGACCUUCCCUCAGCGUGGAGAUACAAUGGUCAUGCACUAUACGGGCAAGCUCGCAAAGGAUGGCAAGGUCUUUGACUCUUCACGCGACCGCGGGCAGCCAUUCCAGUUCCAAAUCGGUGUGGGUCAGGUCAUUCGUGGUUGGGAUGAAGGCGUCAUGAGAAUGAGCAAGGGCAUGAAAGCUACGCUUCAUAUUCCAUCGGUUAAGGGCUACGGCAAGACUGGCGCUGGUAAUGUGAUUCCUCCUGAUGCUGACCUAAUUUUCGAGGUUGAGCUAUUGGACAUUGUACGCCGUUAG